ACGAACACAAUGCCUCGACAAUACGUCCUCUUUGGACGGCCACUCCCUCGACUAGGGUCACGGCACCUCUCCCUCCUCCUCGUCUCCGUUUCCCUCUUCGCCAUCUUCAGCCUUCUCUUCACCCUUCCGAGCGCCAUCCCGACCGGUCCCAGCCUACAGAUCGCCGACCACAAGCUCUCGAUCCCCGACUCCAUCAAGAACCCCUGGAACAAGGUCAACCCGUUUAAGCAACCGGCCCACGCGCCCCCACGCCAGAAGAACGACACCUACGGCCAGUCCUCCUGGUACGCCAACUGGAAAUGGCUGUCGUACCCCUUCAGCAGCUCCGUCACCCUCGACGAGAGCCGCUCUCUCCUGCCCGAGCUCGCCCAGCGCCCGCCCAUUUACGUCUACUAUGACAACACCAUCGAAAGAGAAAAGGCCACCAAGGAAGUCGAGAGCGACAUCCUUCUCUCGUGGCGCCGCGCCUGGUGGGCGCAGGGUUUCAAGCCCAUCAUUCUCAGCCCUGCCGAGGCUAUGAACAACCCCAUGUACGAGGAACUGCAGCACCGCAGCGAGGGAAUGGACGCCUCUCUCAAGACGGACAUGAUGCGCUGGUUGGCUUGGGAGAACAUGGGCGGCGGCUUGCUGGCGCAUUACUUCCUAUUCCCCAUGGGCGCCUACGACGAUCCUCUGUUGGUCUACCUGCGCCGCGGCGAGUUUCCCGGCCUGACCAGAUGGAAGGAUCUCGGCGAUGGUCUCUUCGUCGGCCCCAAGGCGGACGUCGCAAAGGCCAUCAAGCUCGCCCUCGCCAGCCCCAACCUCAAGACGGCCAAGAACUUCCUCGAGGCCACCAGUGCUUCCAAGGAAGCCGGCCCCUUCACCAUCGACGACACCGAGCCCUCCUCCCUCGCCUUCUACUCCGCCUCCGCCCUCAAGCUCUACCCCAAGGUAGCCGAGACCAUCGGCGGCGACCGCGUCGCCGGCCUCAAGUCGCUCAACGAGCUGAUCAACGCGCACCUGCACCAGACCUGGCAGAGCCUCUUCUCGGAGGGCAUCGCGGUCGUCAAGCCUCUCCCUCAACACACGACGCACAUGAUUGCGCCCUCGUACUCUGUCGCCUUGCGCCUGGCUUCCUGCCCGGCCAACAAUCCGCUGCCGUCCUCGUGCCCGCCUAACCGCCCCAAGUGCGUGCCCUGCUCGACCACCUCGCACCCCAUCAAGAUCUCCACGCCCGCGCAUUACAAGAACAGCUCAGCGCUGUACACGAUCGGCACCGUCCCCCACCCAUACACCAUCCAAUCCCUCUCUUCGAUGCGCGAGCAAAUCACCGUCCCUUGGAUCCGUCGUGAAUCCGUCCGCGACGCCUGGGUAGGCGACCUCAUGACCGAUCUCUUCAAAGGCAAGGCCGUCCCCGCCGGCGCUCGCGUCCUGCGCUUCAAAGAGGCUGUAGCAGGCGAAUACGGCUCUGCGCGCUCUCUCUGGCUCACUGCCGAGCGCGACGACACUCCCGAGGGUAUUCUCGACUGGCACUUUGGUUUCGACCUCCCUGCUCUUCCUGCCUCUUCCCCCAAAGACAAGGCCAAAGAAGAAGGAGAACACAAACAUGACGACGCCACCGAGAAGAUCGAGAGCGAAAUCCAUAAACCCAAGGAUAAUUUCAUCUUGCCUCCCCUGCACGACGAAAAAGAGGGCCCGGUCCCUACGGAGCAGGAUCUCAAGCUGGAACCGAAUCUGCUGUCGAUCGCCAAGACGAUUGUUUCGUCUGCUGCCUCGGAUGAUGGCGAAGGAGCAGCCGACAAUAAAAACAAGAAGAUUCAUGUGACCAAGGAAGAAAUCAAGAUUCGCGAGGCGGUGGAGGCGUGGAACUUGGCGGAUUGGGAGGCGUGGAGGUUUGCGAGGGCGUACUUGGCGCGUAAAGAGAUGGAGAGGGAGAAGUGGGCGGAGGAAGAGGAGAAGUAUGCGGGGGGGAUGGGGAGUGAGAGAAAGAGGGGGAAGAGCGGGGGGUGGUUUGAUUCUGACUGAAACUGAAUGAGGUAAUGUGGAUGGUUUGAGAAGAGAAGAUCAUGCAUGUAGUGAUGAGGGUUAUACGAUGGUACCUACCUUAUGUGGAUGUAUAGAAUUAAGAAUCAAUAACUGAAGCUUCGGAAGGAAAGGGAUGAUAUCAACAUGGUGGUUAUGGUAUGUGUUAUGGAACUUGUAAUUGUACAUAGUUAAUUCAUCGUUUUUGAAGUGUGGUUUGUGUUAGGGAGAAUGGUGAAGAGAAGAAGAAAGAAAGAUAAGAAGGAGAUGAAAGAGUACCAUCUACCACCUACCGUUUACCAUUGACGAAUGAACAAGACUUCAUUGCUAGCUAGCUACUUGUAUACAAUUUACCCUUGACACCGUCCG